GCUGUGAGUGGUUUAGUAGAAGCUCAAGAAAAAGCUGAAAUAAACAGUGAAACUGAGUCACAAACAGGAAAUAGUGGUAGUGAAGAUAACAUGACCAAAGACAGUGGAAAAACUAAUAGUUUGACAAAUGGUCCAACCACUCCCAGAAAUCCUUUAGCCUCUGCCAAACGAGCGUCCAGUACAAAAAAAGUUAAGAAUCGAUGAUCUUCGUUCAACAAACUCAAUAGAGUUUUAAAACAGUUCCAGCGACCACAGUGAGAACGUUGUUAUGUUAAUAUUAUUUAACUUACAAAAUUUUUGUAAAUGUAUUAUAACUACAAUAAUCUAGAGCUUAGAAUUGUUAAUUAUUGCAAAAAUAUAAUUUUGAUUGUAAAUUAUUGUAUAAUAAUGAAAAACUAAAACACAAUGAUAAUUUUCUAACAUAGCAC